UAACGCGCGGCGGGCGGCAACCUCACCAUGAACGUGCGGGUGGCGCGAGCCGCGUGGGCCCGGGGUUGGGGCGCGGGCUGCCGCCGCGGCGCCGCGGACUUCCCGCUGCCCCCGCCGCGCGCCGUGGACGUGGCGGAGCUGCUGCGAGACGACACAGCCGCGGAGGAAGGCCCGCGGGAGGCGGCGGCGCGGCGGCCGCCGGGCCAGUGCUCGGUGCUGCUCUUCCCGGGCCAGGGCAGCCAGGUGGUGGGCAUGGGCCGGGGGCUGCUCCGCUACCCGCGCGUCCGCGAGCUCUACGCCGCCGCCCGCAGCGUGCUGGGCUACGACCUGCUGGAGCUGAGCCUGCACGGGCCGCAGGAGGCCCUGGACCGCACCGCGCACUGCCAGCCCGCCGUCUUCGUGGCUUCACUGGCCGCCGUGGAGAAGCUGCAUCACCUGCAGCCCGCGGUUAUUGAGAACUGUGUUGCUGCUGCCGGAUUCAGUGUGGGAGAAUUUGCAGCCCUAGUGUUUGCUGGAGCCAUGGAAUUUUCUGAAGGUUUGUAUGCGGUGAAAGUCCGAGCAGAGGCCAUGCAGGAAGCCUCGGAAGCUGUCCCCAGCGGGAUGUUGUCUGUCCUCGGCCAGCCUCAGUCAAAGUUCACCUUCGCCUGUUUAGAAGCCCGGGAACACUGCAAGACUUUGGGCAUAGAGAACCCCGUGUGUGAGGUGGCCAACUACCUCUUUCCUGAUUGCAGGGUGAUCUCAGGACACCUGGAGGCGCUGCAGUUCCUCCAGAAGAAUUCCUCCAAGUAUCACUUCAGACGCACCAAGAUGCUGCCCGUUAGCGGGGGGUUCCAUACCCGCCUCAUGGAGCCAGCCUUGGAGCCCCUGGCACAAGUUCUGAAGUCGGUUGGCGUCAAGAAGCCUCUGGUUUCCGUCCACUCGAACGUCGAUGGGAAUAGAUACAUGCAUCCCAAACACGUCCAGAAACUGCUGGUGCGGCAGGUGGUCUCCCCGGUGAAGUGGGAGCAGACGAUGCAUGCCAUAUACGAGAGGAAGAAAGGCACGGAGUUCCCCCAGACUUUUGAAGUGGGCCCUGGGAAUCAGCUCGGAACCAUCCUGAAGAGCUGUAACCUGCAGGCUUGGAAGUCCUACAGGCACGUGGAGGUGCUGGAGGACGACGGGACUUAGACCAGGCCCCCGGCGGAUCUCCUGGUGCCCGGGGCGGCGGGGGUGCAGCUUGGGAGGCAGAAGGGGACCCAGGAGGGGCUGCAGCGGGCCUGGACCUGCCCUGCCUGUCCCUAGGCUUCCUCCUCCAAGUGAUUGGGAGGCAGUGUUUGCAAAGUGGUUUGAAGGCCACAUAAAAAGCACUAGAAGUGA